AUGUCAGUUCUUCUGCACUUAAUACUUUUAAUAAAACUAUUUAGUUUAAGUCGUACAGAAUGGGUAAAUGUGGAUCAGAAAUCAUUACCACAAAAGAAUAGUCAAAAAAACAUAAAUCAAAACGGAGAUAAAGGGUUUGAUACAAAUACGCCAAGUCCCGCUUGGGUUGCUUAUCAGCAUGAGAGGUAUGGUAAUUCUCCAUCGAUAUCGACUAACCAAAGCUCAGUCAAUAACACAAGUCCCGCCAAACCAGUAAAACAAAAAGUGGAGACUACUUCCAGGCAAGACAUGAAUAACGAUUACGAAUUUGAUGAUGAAACUGAAAAUAAUGAAGAAAAUUCCAAUGAAAAUGGUGGCUCUAUACAUAAUAAUAAUGGAAUACAAUAUCCAUCAAUUAAUGGAUUUAUAAAGUUUCUCACUUCGUUGCGAACAACUUGGAUAAGGAAAUCAGCUUUUACUAUUAAACAAAAAAUAAAUUUACUCAAAAAUCUGAGAGAUAGUUUAAUGCAUAUAAUUGAAAAAAAAUUUUCAUUAUUGUGGCAACCGAAAGUAUAUUUAAGACGCAAGCGUGGGAUACUAGAGGAAUCCAAUUUGGAGUUCCCACCUGAAGCGUCUUUAAUUAGCAUCAGUUUUCUAACGUUUGCCGUUUUCUUAAUAAAGCUUGUGUUGCGAGUUGUUCACAUCGUAAAGAGUAAACAUUACAAUUUUACUGGUUACGGAAUUACAAGUGAUAUAUUGGGAAAAACAACUACUGUAAACUUUUAA